AAGUCCAGCACCACCCGCUUUUCCCUUUUUCUCUCAUCUAGAACCCCCAAGACCGGGCUCACUCGCCCCCUCGGACCUGCUAGGGAUGGCACGCGCCGCUGCCGCCAACCUGCGUGGCCUGGUCGGCAUUGCAGCGGCGGGCCGGAGGCGGGUGACCGCCUCCGUCGCGCCACCCCGCGCGUCGCCCGGCGGGCGCGCAUUCCGGGCCGUGGCCUCAGGCUCCGGGGGCAGGACGACUCCUGAAUCCUCCUCUUCGUCCUCGCCGGCCCUACCACAGCUGCAGCCGCGGCGCGGCUUGGCGACGAGACGAGCGGUGCUGCGUAACUUGAUUAGCGGCGGCUUAGAGAGUGAGGAUGGUAAGCUGAGCUGCGGAUAUUCAAGUUUUAAAGGGAGGAGACCUACUAUGGAGGAUCGCUACGAUGUAAAGUUCGCUAAAAUGAAGGGACAGUCAGUUAGCUUGUUUGGUGUAUUUGAUGGUCAUGCAGGAGCACUUGCCGCUGAAUAUCUAAAGGAACAUCUGCUUGACAACCUUAUCGAGCAUCCUCAGUUCCUGAGAAACCCAAAGCUUGCUCUGAAGACGACCUUCCUGAAAACUGAUGCUGAUUUCUUAGAGUCGGUAACCACUCCUUAUAGGGAGGAUGGUUCGACUGCUUUGGCUGCUGUUCUGGUUGGUGACCAAAUUUAUGUAGCAAAUGUUGGUGAUUCACGUGCUAUCGCUUUAAAAGGUGGCAAAGCUAUCCCACUCUCAGAUGACCAUAAACCUAACUUAAAGGAUGAGAGAACGAGAAUUGAGAAUGCUGGAGGUGGUGUUAGUUAUGAUGGUUUUACUUGGAGGGUUGAUGGAAUUCUGGCAAUGUCCCGUGCAUUUGGCAACCGUUCAUUGAAGAAUUAUGUGAUAGCAGAGCCUGACAUUCAGGAAACGCAGGUCAGCAGUGACUUGGAAUACCUGGUUCUCGCUACAGAUGGUCUUUGGGAUGUCGUGCAAAAUGAGGAUGUUAUUUCACUUAUGAGAGCAACGGACGAGCCUGAGGUGGCGGCAGUGAAGCUGACGGAAAUGGCCCACUCUCGGCACAGCUCAGACAACAUUACAUGCAUUGUGGUGGGAUUUCACCACUGAACAGCGUAUGAUACGUGACCGAUAUUGGUGGCAGUGAAGUUUUUUCACUUCCUCUCUGAUCUAUGGCUGGUAUAAGACUUCCAACGGCUGUGAAAGAAACUGGCCAAUUGUUGGAUCUUUUUGUAGGGAAUUUUUUGCAUCUGAUUAUCACUUAGUGAAAUUGCAUCAGAUCCGUUAGGAGUUGGGUCCACAAAAUCAACAAAAUGGAGAAGGCCUAGGGCAUACUACUACUACCACUACACCACAACAUCAUCAUAUCUUUAUAAUUGAAGGAGUGUGGAGUAUUUUCUUUAGUGUUUUGUGUUCAGUUUAGUUUAUUCACAAAACCGAGGUCUACAUGGCAUACUCAUGUCAUGAGAUCCUAAAUUGGAUCUAGAACUUGCAAACUACAUAUUUCUUUGUUGCUUUUAUGCACCACGCUGAAAUAUGUAUAUCUGAAGUACAAAGAUUAUCCGGAAUCUUUUACUCUAGUAUUUUUUUUGCGAAUAAAUCUUUUACUCUAGUAUGCUGGACAAAAUUCAAAAAUUAACACUAGACAUGUGUUAUUCAGAUUCGCACCUUCUGAUUGUACUCUAUU